AUGGUUAUUCUCAACUUCAAUGUUGGUGGACAGCAAUAUUCCACAACGGCAAACACACUGUUGCAGGAGAAGCAGUCUCUAUUUAUUCAGUGGUUCACUGGAGAAACUGCAAAACCGCCACUAGAAAAAGACAGCAGAGGAUCAUAUUUUAUCGAUCGAGAUCCAAUCAGUUUUGGAAUAAUCUUGAAUUACCUGCGUUUGAAAUCUACGAAGCAACUGUGGGAAGCAUGCUUACCGAAAGAUCCAGAUCGUUUAGCCCUUCUAACACAAGAGGCCGAAUACUACAAACUCCACCAGCUCCGCGAACAAGCGAUUGCCUUACUUCAAAGCUGUACAGAAAAAUCAGACGUUUCAUAUGUGAACGAAGUCCUCGCAAAAAGUUUUAGCUGUCCACAAGGUCUUGACGGGAGAGGUUCGAGGAAGUAA